AAUUAGUUAUGGAGCCAAACUGGAAGUAAUUCUACAUUUUAUCCACCAGCUACGCCAGUGAUAUAAAGAGGAGGUAAGAGCUCGUCACAGUAUUACCGAAAACGGAAUUAAGAAUUUGUUAGACACAGAAUUAGUGAUGUAAGCUGUCGCGAUGGCUGAAGGUGGUGAUCUUACAUCAAUCAAAGACGGGUCCGAUGCGGACUUUGAAUGCGUGUGUACACCAUGUGGGGAAGAUAAUAUCAGAGAAGAAUCUGUUAAAUAUUGUCUGGAAUGCAAAGAACAUCUUUGUACAACAUGUGCCAGGUGUCACAGUCGUCAGAAGGCUACACGAUCACACAAGCUGGUAAACAAGGAUGACGCCGCGCAAGAUGUUAUGUUUGCCAUGACAACAAAAUGUCGAUACCAUCCAGAUCGAGACAUCGAGAUGUACUGUGGAACUCAUGACAUGGUCUAUUGUCUAAAGUGUAUUGCCACUGAACAUAGGGUCUGCAAUGACGUGACUGGUAUAGAGGAAAUAAAGAUAACUUCCGUUCAACAAAAGGAGGUAGAACGUUUACAGAAUUGCACGAGAAACAUUCAAGAGCGUUUAGCCCACACUGAUAAGAAUACAGAGAAAAACAUCCAUUGCAUUCAAGAGCAAAGAAAUAUCAUACUUACCAAAGUGGAGGAAGUCGAGCGGAGCUUGAUAGAACAUAUCCGAAAAUUAAAAAAUGAAGCGAUCAUUGCUGUGAACACGGACUAUACUUCGAUCAAAGAAGAACUGACGUCUAAUCUCACCAUGGUUGCAAAUAUGAAGAAGGAAAUAGAAAAGGCAAGUAGCCAGUGGCGGAUAUUUAUCAGUAUGGAUGCUGGGCAACAAUUCGUUCAGAUGAAACUGAUACAACAGACAGUGAGUGAUGCAGAAAAAUUAGUUGAAGAUAGCGAGGCAAAAGGUAGUAAGAAUUUAUGUUUUACAGAAAGUACAGAUUUAAAGACUUCCAUUUUAUCAGCAACAUCUUUAGGACAUGUAAAUACAGUUACAGAAAAAGAACGCCAAAUUGCCCCAAGAAUAUAUAAGGUGAAAUCAAAGAACGAGAUAAAUAUCAAAAUGAAAAACGACCGUGACACGUGCUAUAUUAUUGAUGUAUGUCAGCUACAGAACGGUACAAUCAUACUGGCUGAUCACAGUAAUAGUAAGAUUAAGAGGCUUGAUAUGAAUUACAACAUCAAGGAUCACUGUGACCUAGGUGACUAUCCCACGGGUAUCUGUUGUACUGGUCAGAAUGAAGUCGCUGUGAAAAUGAACAACAACAAGGUUCAGUUUAUAUCAGCCGGUAGUUCAUUCUCUAAGCUGAGAGAAAUAUCAGUAAAAGGAGGAUGGUGUUUGGGAAUGGCAUAUUGUGAUGGAGAGCUGUGGAUGUCUAACGGCAGUGGUGUCAAUAUCUACAGUACAUCCGGUACUCUCAUGAAAACUGUAAGCCAAGAUGUCAAUGGUCGCAAAAUAUUUAAAUCGACUACACAACAUAUGGCAGUCUGUGGGGAGACUGUUAUCGUAACAGACAACAGUGAUGGAGCCGUCUGUUUGGGAAGAGAUUAUACGGUACAAGGAAAAUUGAGAGACGAACGACUUGUCAACACAGUAGGUGUGUCUGUAUCUAAUGAUGGAACCGUAUUCCUGUCUGGUUACAAUUCACGCAAUAUUGUGAUGUUUGAUAAGAAUGGGAAAUGCCUCGGACUGUUGGUAGCCGAAGAUGCUUGUCUGAAGAAUCCACUUGCAUUACAUUACGACAACAAAAAGAAUAGUUUAAUUGUAACAUGUAAUCGUUCUGACACUAUAACUAUUUUUGAUAAUUUGUCCGAUUAAAUUUACAUGCUCAUUUGUAAAUUCAUAGUAGGUAACUCAGUGCUAAUCGUUUUGGUAAUUGAAAUUGCGUGGACAAUGAGAUGUUUAGCACAAAAAUAUAUAUCUAAAUUAAUCAUUGAAA